AUGUUGGUGGCGCUGGCUUUGACUGCUGCGUUCGCCGCUCAGAACCUCGACACCGAACCGCUUCUGGCUUAUUGUAAGAAGCCGUGGUGGAAUCCCAUCUCAUCCUGCGUCCCAUCCAACGAUGUCGCCAGGAACGUGGGCUCGGCCAGCGAGCGCUCUGCUGCUGACAUUGUGUCCUUCGACCUCAACCGAACGACCACGCAGUCAGUGUACCGCAACACCACGCUCAUCGCUGCCCUCAGGGCAGUUCUGAAGCAGCCAGGGAGUGCCACCAGACCGCCACCCAAGGAAGAAGGCCGGCGCCUUGAGAUUGAGUCGGUCGGCAGCGUUUCUCGGCAGCUCUUCGGGCCAGACUCGCGGAGGCCGGUUGGGUGCUCCGAUUCGGAGGCUGGGCCGUUUCAGAUGAUGGUACGUCUCUCCACCGGUUGCUCUGGCGUGAUGGUUGGUUCUCGCCACGUCCUCACUGCCGGCCACUGCGUGUACAGCUGGUACGACGCCGCCGGCAACGAGCUCAAGAAUAAGGGGUGGAAGAUGGACGCGAACAGGAAGGUCUUCGUCGGAUAUUCACGCGAGUGGGGUUGCCCCACCGGCGCGCCGUCGGGCACAGGCACCCUCUGGGGCUCCGACGUGGACGGCGUUCAGACGGUGCGCUGGGUCGAGGCGAUCAGCAUGAUGACCUACACUGGCUUUGUCGAGAGUGGCGACGCCGAGUACGACAUCGCGUUAAUCGAAGUGAAGAACCGUCCCGAGACGCGCCGGUCGGCGUCGGCGGCGCUGACGGGACUGCCUUGGAUGACGUUUGGCUUCUACUCGAACCCGAGCUACAGGUGGACGUGGUGCACGGCGGGGUGGCCGGGCGACCUCUCGCCGCCGCUGCAGCUGCACGCCGAGUGCUCGCGCGACAAGGUGCAGGACAUCGAGGGGAAGCUCUUCGAGAUGGAGCUCGACGGCGCUCAGGGACAGUCCGGGUCUCCCCUCUGGCCGGCACUCUCACCUCCGCAAUCCAACGGCGGCCACGGGGCCAUGUUCAGCGACAAGCUGGAGGCGGGGCCGGCGCAGGGCGUCUUCGCGCUCCUCUACCAAGAGGUGUUCUGGUUCUUCGGGUGGUGGGUCAUCAACGAGUCCAACGACUUUGCUCGCAUCGACGCCAACCGGUUCGUCUCUCUCUGCGCGUGGAUCAGCGACCACGUCCGCGCGGGCGAGUUCAACCCCUGCGCGGGCGUGCUCUGAUCUCGAGCUGGGCUCUACGAGUUCAACUCCGGAUUCCGCCCUCGCCACGCGGUGGGGCUGUCGAAUAACACGCAUCGGAGAGCUGAGAGAGCUGAGAGAGGCAUGCGGGCCGCGAGGCUAGGUUCGGGCAGAGGCGGAGCCGCGAGACCCCUGUCGCCAUGUGAUGGUGUGGGCGUGUGUGGCGUGGGGCCUUCGGGUUCGGCGCCGAGCUCCCUGGCCACAGGAAAAGUCGGUUCGUACGUAGAUCGUAGUACCCGGGUAGGUGAGGAGAGCGUGUCUCGCUGUCCUCGUUUUCGUGUUCGAGAGCGAGUGAUCACGUGUGUGCCCCCCCGGCGCGCGCCGCACUGCGGUGUACGCUGUACGGCCCAUCGGCCCUGUUGACGCGGUCUGAGUGCUGAGACGGUGAGAGCUGAACAAGUGCUCUGAGUGCGUUAAUAUGUAAUGACUAAUGUGUAAA